UAAAGCUGCUGGAUGCAAUCACAGGGCAUAAUGUGUGGAUCAUGUUCGUCUGACAGACCGGCUCUCUGCUCCACUCCCAAGUUCACACUGCCUGCUGCUUUCCUGUAAGUACUACACGUCACAGCCAUUUCAACUUAGACUUGAUGAAGGGAGAGAUGUCUCUACUGGUUGAAUAACACACCAGGACUUGUGAAUGAAAACACAUCAGACAAAAUGGGGGGAAAGAAAGGGAGACCAUGCAAUUGCAUCUGGUAAGUUUCAGCCCUUUUGACCUAGUAAAAGAAAUGAGUGAAGCUAUCAAUGCAACUUUGUUCCCUUGGAGGUUUGUUGAACAAAGCCUAAUGCGAUUCAGUUUUCAGUAUUUUUCUAAAUGUUCAGUAACUUGCAGAUGUUUUAAUUUAUGUAAAUCAUGUUCUCUUCAGCAUUAAUAGUCAAAAUGUAGACAUUUCCUCUAUCCUGGUUAAAGUGCAGUGAGUGACAGCAAUUAAAGAUUGUAUGCUUUGACUGCAAGUUUGAUAAUUUCCCCCUGUACACAAUGUUUAAAGAAUGCUCUGUAUGGCAUUUUGUGAUGGAAAGUCACUGGCUUAAUCCCUAUUGGAGUUAUAAAUGUUGUGCCCAGAGGCAGCCAUACUGAUAGGGUUCAGUACAUUUUCAGCCACAUGCACACACCAGGAAUACAUAAGUAGGCUAAUCAUUUUGCUCAUUAUUCUUUUCGCCAGGAGGUUCCUGUCCUGGUGUAACUGUCAGCGCAUAAUGGUGGCUUUUAAAGGGAUCUGGACCAAGGACUUCUGGAGGGCUGUGUCUGGAGAAUACCUGGCCACUCUCAUCUUUGUCUUUCUCGGUCUGGGCUCAACCAUCAACUGGGCCCCAGGGGAGGAGAAGCCUCCACCAGCUGACCUAGUCCUUAUCUCCUUGUGCUUUGGCCUGAGUAUUGCCACUAUGGUGCAAUGUUUUAGCCACAUAAGUGGUGGACACAUUAAUCCGGCGGUCACUGCAGCUAUGGUGGUGACUAGAAAGCUGAGCUUGGCAAAGGCGUUGUUCUAUGUGGUGGCUCAGUGCCUGGGAGCCAUCACAGGAGCUGGGAUUCUCUACCUAGUCACACCUGCUGCUGUUAGAGGGUCCUUCGGUGUGACCAUGAUGAACUCCAACAUCUCAUUAGGACACGGCCUUCUUGUGGAGCUCCUUAUCACAUUCGAACUGGUCUUUACCGUCUUCGCCACCUGUGAUCCCAAACGCACAGACCUAGGAGGCUCUGCUGGCCUUGCUAUCGGCUUUGCUGUGGCUAUUGGUCACUUAUUUGCAAUCCCUUACACAGGAGCCAGCAUGAACCCUGCUCGAUCCUUUGGGCCUGCGGUGGUCACACUCAACUUCGAGAACCACUGGGUGUACUGGGUGGGACCCAUUCUGGGGGGCAUCCUGGCUGCUGGUCUGUAUGAGUAUCUGUACUGUCCUGACCCUGACAUUAAGAAGAGGCUGAAGCAGGUCUUUCAGAAAGACCCGUCAGUGAAAUACAGGGAGGUGGACACAGAGGACAUCAAACCGGGCUCCAUCCACACCAUAUCUGAUCUGGAGAAAGCUGAGAAAAAACAUCCUUUCCAGGACUCGACGGGAGAAGUGCUAUCUUCAGUAUGACUAUCACGCCCACUGGAAAUGGAGACCAAUCUGUAGAUCAGAGUGACAGUCAAACAUUGGAUCCUGUCCCACUAUCCUGAAAGCAGAAUAUGAUUUCUGUCCAUGAGGCUUCACAGCAAAGCGGAAUUACUGUCAUCGUCAUCAUAUGAUAUUAUGGCUCAAUCUCACAAACAUCAGCCUGCUCAAUACUUACUCCUGAGGCCCUCCUUCAACAAUUUAGGAGCAGUGCGGCGCACAUCGCAUGCUGCGGCAUGACAGCCUGAAAACACAUUGUGGUAAAGAAAUAUGCGUAGGGUCAACCAAUUAUGAGAGGUCAUCAUGCUGAAUUGGAGAAGUGAAGAAGAAAAUGCAGCCUUGUUAUUUUUGGAUUAGUGUCACAUUUGUUCCACGUAUUGCAUAUGUAAUAACAGGAGAGAUUUUCCUUGUGAUCAUUAAGCACAUUACAGGUCCCAAGCAAUGUAAGACAGAUCUGACAAGCUUUAAGAGUUGUAUUGCAGUGCACUCUAUUUUCAGUGCGUUAGUCAGAGAAACAACCAGACAACUCCACUUUUUGGUGUUCAUUAUGCCUAUUACUACAUAAAGAUUUUAUUUUUCAUAAAAUUGUGAUAGGUAGCUGUUUUUAUUUUAUAGACUGAGAUUUGGUUAUUGUAAUACAUUUCUUAUUUCUCUGUAUGAUUUGCUAUAUUUCAAACUUAAAGGCAGAGUAUGUGAUUCUGGAGAGAUCUAAAAUAUAUAUCGCUACAGUUGCUGGUGUGAAGCUAACAUAGGCUCGCAGAGAAGACAAGACGGUUUCCCAGCACACCAGCUCUAGACAGCAUACUCACAACUCUUCUGCUACUAUAGCUAACAACAUCAGCAUGUCUUGGCAAACUAGAAGUAAACUGAAUGUCAUUUAACGUUACCUCAGACACAAAUGAUUGCUGGAACGGCUGGAAUAAUGUUGCGUGGUGGGGUCCGAGCCACUUACAGAGCCCAGGCUGAGUACAAACACCAGAUCCUUUUUCAGUGCACACACUGAACGGACAGCCAGCGGACAGUGAGGAGAUAUUUACUGAAUUAGUCAAAAAGCUGUGUAUUGAUAAAGAAUCGCUUACUCCACCUUUAACUUAUUAAGAUAUUUGGCUGAUCUGUCUUUGUGUUCAGAUAUUACUCAGUUCUUGUUUCAUGGUCACAAACUGGAAGUGCUACAAGAUGUAAAAGGUUUUCGGCUGUAAUAAUAAAGUCUCCUUUUUUACUUCUAA